AUGGGUUCUUUCGAUGCUUAUGGUCCGAAUUCGCAAGCCUUAACGUUCUUCGACCCUGAAGAGAAUGAUUUAAUUGGAGGAGAUACACAGGGACCUGAUUAUGACUGUUCUGAUUUCACUCUGCCUUCACAGUCUCAAACACAGGCAUCUCAACUUGACCCUGAUAAAAAUUGCUUCUCUCAGCAGCAUGAUGGGUCCAAUACCAUUGACGUGCUGUCCCAACGUGUUGCUGACUUAGACUUCAAAGAUGAGGACAUAGAUGACUCUAGUGUCGACUUGCCAGAGCACGCAUGUGCUUACUGCGGUAUUCAUGACCCUGCUUGUGUAGUAUUUUGUAACACCACGAAGAAGUGGUUUUGCAAUGGUCGAGGCAACACCUCAGGGAGUCAUAUCAUCAAUCAUCUUGUUAGAGCUCGUGCGAAAGAAGUUACCUUGCACAAAGACGGACCUUUAAAAGAUACUCUCUUGGAAUGCUAUGUAUACAUGUACUGGGAUCCUGCUCAGUGGCAACCGAUAAUUCAAGGACGUCAGUUUCUUGCUUGGCUUGUGAAAGUUCCAAGUGAUGAACAGCAAGCUAAAGCUCGUCAAAUAUCGGCUCAACAAAUAAACCGACUGGAAGAAAUAUGGAAAGAAAAUCCUCAGGCGGCAGUCGAGGAUCUAGAGAAACCCGGUGCAGAUAACGAAGUCAACCCAGUGUUGUUAAGAUAUGAAAAUUCACAGCAGUAUCGAGAUGUAUUCAUACCUUUAGUGGAAUUAGAGGCUGACUACGACAAAAAGAUCAAAGAAUCGCUGAAGUUGGAAAAUGUUUCCGUUCGUUGGGAGACUGCCCUUAACAAACGCCGAGUGGCUUACUUCCGGAUUCCCGGUGCUAACGAAGGCCCAGAACUACGUAUUAUGCAUGGGGAUGAGUUGAUCAUUCGUCAAUUUAACAGUCCAAACGAUUAUUUGGUUGGUGACGGUCAUGUUAUCAAAGUGCCUGACAAUUUCAGUGAUGAAGUCGGUUUGGAAAUGAAGCAAGUCAUUGAUACACCUCUAGAACCUGUGACGUACAAAAUCGAAUUUAAAUGGAAGUCAACUCCAUUCGAUAGAAUGAGACGAGCGAUUUCUGUCGUUACCGACGAACAACAUGGUUUAUUACCACCAUAUAUAUUCUACCGAUUGCUUGGCCAAGAAUUAGAUGAUAUGGUGUUAAAGUGCAACUUACCUAAACGCUAUUCUGCACCAGACUUACCGGAGCUAAAUCACAGCCAAGUGUUUGCCGUCAAAACAGUUCUCCAACGUCCACUUAGUCUAAUACAGGGUCCACCCGGAACGGGUAAAACUGUGACGUCUGCAUCAAUAGUUUAUCAUUUGAACCAAAUACAUCAAAAAAAGGUAUUGGUUGUAGCUCCUAGCAACACUGCAGUCGACCAGUUGUGCGAAAAGAUUGACCGUACCGGAUUAAAAGUUGUGCGCCUAUGUGCAAGAUCUAGAGAAGCUCUAGCAUCUCCUGUCAGCCGUCUUAUGCUACACAUACAGGCCCAAAAUGUGAAAGGUCAUACUGAACUCCGAAAGUUACAGCAAUUGAAAGAUGAGACUGGUGAACUGAGUCAGGAUGAUGAUAAACGUUAUCGAGUUCUAAAACGGGAACUUGAACGGGAACUCCUUAUGGCAGCUGAUGUGGUUUGCUGUACAUGUGUAACUGCUGGUGAUGCACGUCUGGAGCGCUUAAGUUUCAUUCCGUUUUAA